GUAAAUUCUAUGCUAGUGGGAUUUAUCUUUUUUAGGUUAAUUUUAUCUUUGUAUGCAUAAAUAUCUUAAAAUAAGAUAAAAACCUAUGAUAAAAAGGUAUUAACAAAAAAAACAAUAAUAUAUCUUGUCUUUUUAAACACGUAGUAACUUUCAUAAUAAGUAACAAAUUAAUUAACAAUGGUGGAAGAUAAACCAAUUGAAGUUGCCGCAUCUGGAGAUUCUGUGAAAAAACCGUCUAAAAAAGACUUAAAAAAAGCUGAAAAAGAAAGUAAAAAGGCUGAAAAAAGAGCAAGUAAUGCCGCUGUGAAACUAGAAGUAGUGGAAGAUGACGUUUCUGCUGGGAAGUAUGGUGUUUUGCCCCUUAUCAGAUCAACGUCUAAUUUUCCUCAACGUGCUUUUACUAAUGUGAAAGAUUUAAAUAAAAGAUUGGCUGGUAAAAAUGUCUGGGUUAGAGCAAGAUUACACACAGUUCGUGGAAGAGGAAAGCAAUGUUUUGUGGUACUCAGACAAAAAGAAUUUACAGUACAGGCUAUUAUUAAUGUUUCCAACACUGUAUCCAAAGCAAUGGUGAAGUUUGCAAGCAGCAUUUCAAAAGAAAGUAUAUUAGAUGUUGAAGCAACAGUGACAGAGGUUCCAUCUGCAGUUGCAGGAUGUUCACAACAAGAUGUGGAACUUGUUACUUCACAAUUAUGGAUUGUGUCUUCAUCUCUUCCUCAGCUGCCAUUAUUAAUAGAGGAUGCAAGUAGGCCAGAAAAGAAUGAUGAUGCAGAAAGUUUAAGUAUUAGGGUAAAUCAAGACACAAGAUUGGAUAAUCGUAUUUUAGACUUGCGUACUCCUGCUAAUCAAGCUAUUUUUCGAAUUGAAGCGGGUGUAUGUCGUUUGUUCAGAGAAAUAUUGACUGAACAUGGAUUCACAGAAAUACAUACACCAAAAAUUAUCUCUGCUGCUUCUGAAGGAGGCGCAAAUGUAUUUACAGUCAGUUAUUUUAAAGGUAAUGCAUAUUUGGCUCAGAGUCCCCAGUUGUACAAACAAAUGGCAAUUGCCGCCGAUUUUGAAAAGGUAUUUACUGUAGGGGCUGUUUUUCGUGCCGAAGAUUCAAAUACACAUAGACAUCUGACUGAAUUUACAGGACUUGAUUUGGAAAUGGCUUUUAAAUAUCACUACCAUGAAGUUAUGCUUUUUAUUGGGAACGUUUUGACUGGAAUUUUCAAAGGACUUAGGGAUCAGUUUGCAACAGAAAUUGGAAUGGUUGGGCAGCAAUAUGGUAUGGAGCCCUUUACAUUUCUUGAACCUCCUUUGGUGCUUAAAUAUGCAGAAGGAAGAGCUAUGUUGGCUGAGGCAGGAGUUGAAAUAGGUCCUGAAGAGGAUCUUAACACUCCCGCCGAAAAAUUAUUAGGCCGUAUAGUUAAAGCCAAAUACGACACAGACUUUUACAUUUUGGACAAAUAUCCUCUAGCCGUGAGGCCGUUUUAUACCAUGCCUGAUCCGGAAGACCCGAUUACAUCCAAUUCUUAUGAUAUGUUUAUGAGAGGAGAAGAAAUUUUGUCUGGAGCCCAGAGAAUUCACGAUCCUGAAUUGUUAACAGAGCGAGCGAAACAUCAUGGUAUUGAUCUUUCAAAGAUUGCAUCUUACAUUGACUCCUUCAAAUAUGGCUGUCCACCUCACGCCGGUGGAGGUAUUGGCUUAGAACGAGUUGUUAUGUUAUACUUGGGUUUGGACAAUAUACGUAAAACUGCCAUGUUCCCUCGUGAUCCCAAACGUUUGACUCCAUAAUUACGUUUUUAUUCAUUGUUUUAAUAUUGUUACCUUUUUGUGUGUUUAUUAUUGAAGAACAGUAUACAUUAAAGUGAAUUACUG